AUGAGUCAUGCUCUUGCUAAUUCGGGAGCUAGUGUGAACUUAAUGCCCUAUUCUUUCUAUAAGAAGUUGAAUCUCCCGAAGUUGAGACCAAUACGCACGACCAUUCAUCUAUCCAAUAAUACGGUGACAUUCCUAAGAGGUAUUUGUGAAGAUCUUUUUGUUAAGAUUGACAAGUUUGUAUUUUCUGUAGAUUUCAUAGUACAUGACAUGGAAGAGGAUAAUAAAGUCCCUAUUAUUCUUGGAAGACCAUUUCUUAGCACCGAUCGGGCUUUAGUGGACAUUAGGGAAUCAAAGCUGACACUUCGGGUUGGAGAAGAUGUAAUAUCAUUUGGUGUUGAUCGAGCAAUGAAGAAAUCGAAGAUUAGUUAUGGCAUGAUCUUUUUGGUGGAUACGUUCGAUUCAUUUAUGGAGAAAAAAAUACAAGAAUGGAAGGAGAAUGACUUAGAGGGAUACAUGUCUCUGAAGGAGGAUGAUUUUGAUGUUGAACAUGACCUUGAAGAACUGGAGAAGCUACAGGAAGAAAGCGAUUAUGAAGACAUGGAAAGAAAUUCAGAAGAGACUCCACAGCAUGGCCAAUCAUCGGCCAUAGUGUGGGAGUUAGGAAAAUCGCGACAUGGCGGGGAAAAACAAGGCCCCACAGCAUGGCAAUUAGAUGCCCACAUCGUGGGCACUAAGCAAAGCCAAAAAUCAAGUUUCAAGCCUUUACCCGAUCAUUUGGAAUACGCUUUCCUAGAAGAUAAUGAACAUAAUUCGGUGAUCAUAGCAUCAGAUUUGAAGCCUUAA